CCAAGAUUCUAGGUUUCGGGAGCCUCCCUUUUCCUUCCAGUGAGUCGCGCGGUGCACUUGUCGACGUAGCGAUUGUGCAGAGAGAGCUCGGAUGGAUGCUGUGGGAGGGAGCUUGGCCAAGCGAGGAGGAGAGAGUGGACAUUCUUUUGAGAGUCUCAGCAUCCGGCGUUCUUUCUGUGGAUGCUUGUAGGAGGAGUCAGUUAGCACCGCUGCAUUGGGCUCUGCUUUGCCAUGUUCGGCAUGCGUCUGUAGCAGCGAGUUGACUGACUUGUCUUUUCCCCCCUGGCAGAAUUUGUGAGAAAUUUGAGUCUCCGUGGCGUGUAGUGAUAGUGGCGUGUGAAAUUUAGUGUCGCCCCUCGCGGUGUGUAUGCAGAUCGGUGCGUGUUUGAGUUCUUGGCUUGUCGUGAGCGUGUAGUGAAGGGUAUUCGGAGUGUUGUGCCAUUUUGCAUUGUGUGUCUCGGGUCAGUGGCUGCUGCUCUGCUGGCCUAAACCCCUUCGCCGGCCAAUUUGUGUGCCCUCACUUUUCGAAAUUGUUGAGCGGCAGCAGGGUGUGGCUGUUGGAAUUGACCGCUUUGUGCUGGCAUUGUGAGUUUGAAGGCUUGUGUAGUAUGUGCGGGUUGUUGAAGAUCGUUUCCUGUUUCAUGACGGCUGUGUUGUGAGGGAGCCAUUUCUGCUGGCUGAUGAUCUGUUAGGUUAGGGUUUCCUCUGUAAUUAUACUGUAGGAUUGGUGGAGUUCGCUGAAGCUAGGCUUUAGCCUGCGAGCGACAGCUGUCGUCAAGUGGCGGAAUUUUCUCGACUAGUUUGAGAGGGACGGGAAUUGUACUUUGCAGAGGGGAAUGGGUUUCUGAAGUGGUGGUCACGGUUUGACAAAGCUUGGGACUGGGGGAUGGUAUGUUAGCUUCAGAACUUACAGCGCAAGCUUUGCAAAUGUAGCUGAAAAGUUGAUCACGGGUCACACACAGGGCUCCGUGAGUGGUUUUUCGAUUUUGGAGCUCGGGUGCUUCUAGCCUUGCCAGCGGUCCAUUUUCGGGCGAUGAAGCAUGAAGUGGUUUUUGAUCGAAGUUUGAGUGAGCGCAUUGCAUCGGUAUCAUCACUUUUUUCAAGGAUCGCACCACAUGUUUAGAAAUUGCCAAUAGCUCUUACGCACUGGUAGUAAGAGGAAUAUCCUUCUAGCACCAGCCUUGCGUAGGCCUGGUAAUCAACUCUUGCUGUGGUUCUUUGGUUUUUCAGAACCUACUCUGUAAAAAAAAUUCAAUCUCUGGCCGCGCCGUCUUCUACACAGUGACGGACGGUUUCGUGUAAUGGUAAUUAAGCUGGUAAUUAGUGGUCCUAGUUUAGGCGAUUUGUAGAUCUGCAAGAGAAAAGGAAGUAAUUGCUCAUUCUGUAGCCUGGGACGGCAAAUUGCAGCUCUGUCAUUGGAUGGUUACGUAUUGGACGAAGCCACUGUCAUUGCCCUUUCCAAGAAGAGUACUCACACUCCAAAAGGAGCAGUUUGCGCUCUGCAUAAGGUUCAGGCAUGCCUCCCAAUGCACAAGGCCCAGUGCAAGUUCGGAAACCUCUGACAGUUCCAGAUACAGUUAAUGGCCAUAGUGUGGGCAGAAACGGUUUUCAUUCAAAUGCAUGCCGUCAAGCAGGAGGGCGACGAAUUUUUGUGCAAGCUUACUCAGGAGACGUUCUUGGCAUUGAACUAGACAGGGAUGACAAGAUAGAAUCUGUGAAGAAAAAAGUGCAGGCUGCAUUUAACAUCCCUACAGAGCAAAGUACUUUGGUUUUUGGCGACCAUGUUCUUGAUAAGGAUUUAAGUGCAAUAAGCAGCGAUGCUCCUGUUUUACUCAGGAAGAAAAUAUCCCGGAGCUCCUCAACUCCGUGUUUGUCACCCAGAAGCAGAGAUGUCCAUCAAAACAGUGUGUUCGAGAUCGUGGGUGGUUCAAAACACUCUACCAAGAUCAAGCGGCUUGUGCGAGAAGCAGCUAAAGGCGUCGAAGCCGGGGUGCAACCCGUCCUAGCAACCGGGGGUAUGGGUGGAGCAUACUAUUUUCGAAACUGCAUGGGAGAAAACGUAGCAAUUGUAAAACCCACUGAUGAGGAGCCUUUUGCACGUAAUAACCCAAAAGGGUAUGUCGGCAGAGCAUUAGGGCAACCUGGUCCAAAGCCCUCAAUUCGAGUGGGAGAGACUGGCUUGAGGGAAGUGGCCGCUUACCUAUUAGAUCAUGACCAUUUCGCCAAGGUGCCGGUGACAGCUCUGGUGAACGCAACUCACCCUAUAUUUAAUGUUAAUGCAGAGUAUGCAGGUGCUGGACAUUCACAACCAGGCAGUGCCAAAUUAGCGUCGUUUCAGCAGUUUAUAAGACAUGACUUCGACGCAAGUGACUAUGGCCCUUCCCGAUUUACUGUUUCUUCUGUACAUCGUAUAGGAAUACUUGAUGUCCGUUUGUUCAACACCGACCGACAUGCAGGCAAUAUAUUAGUGAAAAAAAUGAAUGUUGAAAAUGGAAGUUUGUUUGAGGAGGCGGUGGAUCUUAUUCCUAUUGAUCAUGGCCUUUGCCUUCCGGAAACCCUUGAGGAUCUAUACUUCGAAUGGCUUCAUUGGCCACAGGCCUCUAUUCCCUUCUCAAAGGAAGAAUUGGAUUAUAUAGAAAAGCUAGACCCUGCCAAAGACUGCAGUUUGCUGCGGAAAGAGCUUCCUACAAUGCGAGAGGCUUGUUUACGCAUGUUGGUGCUGUGUACUAUAUUCCUGAAGCUGGCAGCAGAAGCAGGGUUGACUCUCUCAGAAAUCGGUGGCAUGAUGACUAGAGAGCUCUGUGGCGAGGAAGCUAGUGAACUUGAAAAUGUUUGCGAGCUAGCGAGGAUGGAGCUUUUAUCAUCUAGUCCAGAAAGUGAUGAUUUUGACGGCUUCAAUCUAGCAGAGGAUUUCUCAGACGAUUUCCAGUUUGACAUGGACGACCAUGUUGAAGUGCCUGCUCUGAAGCUUCCUGAUAUUCACAGAAGUCCCAACUCCUCUUCACCUGCUAAUGGGUGCAGAUCUAUGUCACCAUUGUCAAGCUCCCCUUCAUGGUCUCCGCGCUUCGAGUUGAGUUCGCAAAUCGGUCUAUCAAACUUUCGCGCUCUGGAAAUUUCUCCGAUUCGGCCCUCACCUCUGGGUAUUCCACCGGACAAUUCUUUUUCCUCGCCAUCUAAUGACAAUCAAUCUUAUUCUUUGUCUCGCAUGUCAGUGCCAUCGAGAUCCACCUCUCUGAAAAUUGGAAAGUUUCGUUCUCAUACUCAAAUCGAAAAGCCACAUACAAUCGGCCUUCGUGGGUAUGCAGCGAUGAAUGUGGCACAAAACGUGCGUUGUACUAAAAAUGCGAAUGACCUCAUCCAUGGGCCUCUUAUUUUGGCAGAUAUGAGUGAGAAGGAAUGGUCUCUUUUCUUGGAGGGCUUCCAGGAGCUCCUACCUGAAGCUUUUGCCGAGGUAAAGUUUAAGAGCAAGAAUCAGGUCCAGAGACUUGGAACUUCUUGUCGGUUUUGAAGGUUUGUGGAUUCAAGUAUGGAGCGGGAUGUGGUUGAGGCUGCAGUUGCAUCCAUUGUAGAUUUUUUAUAGCUAGAUAGGUCUCUCCAGUUUUGGUGCAGACUGGUGAGGGUGUGAUUGAUGUCCUUGUUUAACAGUGUUCUUGUUUCUACGUGCUAGCAAUUUAGGGCUCUCUGAUCUCAGUUGCAGCCUGCUAGUAUAGUCGCAGUAUGAAUACGCUGCUUACGGCUUGCUGUAAGAUCUGGCUAACACUUCAGAGACAACAAUCAAGCAGAAUUUCGUUAACUUUCAAGCAGUAAAUAUCACUGAAUUUUAUUGGUGUUGAUUUUUUUUGUUUUCUAAU